AUGGCAAACCAGCAGUUAGACUAUAAGUUUCUCCCGACUUCACGUGGUGGACGUUAUCUAGUUGUUGAAGGCUUUGUGUUUCGAUUGAAUCGAAGACGCAACGAUGCUUCAUGGGCAUCUUGGAGAUGCCAGGAGAAGACAUGUGCUGCGACUGUCUCUACUGUGAACGACAUCAUCACCAAGCAUCCCAGCCCACAUAACCAUGGACCUGUCCAUAAUGAGAUAAAGGUCAGAGAGACACUGGACAGGAUGAAGAUGGUGGCCAAGUCAUCUCUGGGUCCGAUACCGACGCUGUACAACGAGGUUCUGGCCUCAGUGAGCGAUGGUCCUUGGACGGAAGAGAACAGGUCGUUCAUCGCAGAAAUGCCGACGUACGACACCGUCAAGAACAGACUGUACCAGGCCCGAAGAUCCACCUUCCCACCCAUCCCAUCUUCCCGACGAGAAAUCGUGAUCCCAGACGAGUUCAAAACAACCAACGCUGGCGAGCCCUUUGUCAUCAUCAACGAUGGCGACGACGAUAAGAUCCUUGGCAUGACGACAACGGUGAACAUGCAACAUCUUUGUGCUGCCGAAGUUGUGUAUGGUGACGGAACCUUUUAUGUCUCACCAUCACUCUUCCUGCAGCUGUACACUCUCCAUGCUAUGGUUGGUGGUCAGAUGUUUCCGCUGGUCUUCUUCUUGCUGCCAGACAAGGCGACUGUUACUUACGACCGCGCCUUCCGUCUCCUGAAGGAAGCAGUGGAAGCAAGAGGACUUCAGAUGUCACCUCAACACAUCCAGGUAAAUUGAUUUACAUAACUCUUAAUAAAUGAUAGUCAGUAUUCAUGUAGUUAUUCAUUAUUAUUAAUUAUAUAAUAAUUUAUUCAAUUAACUUAUCAUUAUUUGUAAAACAU